CCCUAUUGUGUCAGAGUAGUGUUACAGCUCCAUGACACGUUCCCUAAAACUUACAACACACAAAGCUUCAAAGCAGACAGAGAAAUGGGAAAUUAUAAAUCAAGACCUACUCAGACAUGUACAGAUGAGUGGAAAAAGAAAGUGAGUGAGUCCUAUGCAGUCAUAAUAGAGAGAGUGGAGGAGGAUCUGAGAAUUAAAGAGGAGGAGUUUAAGGAACUCAAGCAUGUUUUCAGCUCAGAUGAGGCAUUCAAUAAAGUGAACCUGAAUUAUCGCACAGAGGGUGGACUGUCCCUGCUGCAUCUCUGCUGUAUAUGUGGAGGGAAUAAAGCUCACAUCAGGACCCUCAUGUUGAAAGGUCUGCGGCCAUCCAGACUCACUCGCAAUGGAUUUACUGCUCUGCACUUUGCUGCUUACAAGGAUAACGCUGAACUGGUUACUGCUCUGCUACAUAGUGGAGCAGACAUCCAGCAGGUGGGGUAUGGAGCCCUCACUGCCCUGCAUAUAGCUACAGUGGCUGGCCAUCUCGAGGCUGUUGAUAUUCUAUUGCAACACGGGGCCUACAUCAACGUCCAAGAUGCAGUGUUCUUCACCCCUCUACAUAUUUCAGCAUACUUUGGCCAUGAGCAGGUGUGCAAGCUGCUAAUGAAGUUUGGGGCUGAUGUAAAUGUAAGUGGAGAGGUGGGAGACAGGCCGCUACACCUGGCCGCAGCUAAAGGAUUUCUGGGCAUCGUCAAACAGCUGAUGGAUGAUGGGAGCAAAACUGAAGUCAAUGCUCAGGACAAUGAGGACCACGUACCUCUUCAUUUCUGCGCUCGAUUUGGACACCAUGAGGCCGUCCGUUUUCUACUGCAGGGCAGCUUUGAUUUACAGCCGCACUCUGUCAACAUUUACGGGGACACACCUCUCCACCUAGCCUGCUACAAUGGAAUGUUUGAAGUGGUCAAAGAGAUCAUUCAGUUUUCUGGCACGGAGAGUCUGUCUAAGGAGAACAUAUUCAGUGAGACAGCUUUUCACAGUGCCUGCACCUAUGGCAAGAACCUGGAUAUGGUCAAGUAUCUGCUCAGUCAGAAUGCCUUAAGCAUUAACCAUCAGGGACGAGAUGGACACACGGGUCUACAUAGUGCAUGUUUCCACGGACACAUCCGGCUGGUCCAGUUCCUUUUGGACAACGGGGCAGAUAUGAACCUGGUAACUUGUGACCCCAGCCGUUCCAGUGGAGAAAAGGAGGAUCAGACCUGCUUAAUGUGGGCCUAUGAGAAAGGCCACGAUGCCAUUGUUACUCUGCUAAAACACUACAAACGACCCCAGGACGACUCACCCUGCAAUGAAUUCUCCCAGCCAGGAGGGGAUGGAUCCUAUGUUUCCAUCCCCUCUCCCCUAGGAAAGAUCAAAAGCAUGACAAAAGAGAAGGCAGAUGUGCUUCUGCUGCGAGCAAGUCUUCCAUCAAACUUCCACCUUCAACUCUCCGAGCUAGAGUUUAACGAGAUUAUUGGAUCAGGCUCCUUCGGAAAAGUCUAUAGAGGAAGAUGCCGCAAUAAGAUAGUCGCAAUUAAACGGUACCGUGCGAACACUUACUGCUCAAAGUCAGACACUGAUAUGUUCUGUCGGGAGGUGUCCAUCCUGGGUCGUCUCAACCACCCCUGCGUGAUCCAGUUUGUGGGGGCAUGUCUGGAUGACCCCAGUCAGUUCGCCAUAGUAACCCAAUAUGUGUCCGGAGGAUCCCUGUUUUCACUGUUGCAUGAGCUGAAGAGGAUCAUUGAUCUGCAGUCCAAGCUCAUCAUUGCCAUUGAUGUGGCCAAAGGAAUGGAGUAUCUUCACAAUCUAACCCAACCAAUAAUUCACAGAGACCUCAACAGUCAUAAUAUUCUGCUCUAUGAGGACGGGCACGCUGUGGUGGCUGAUUUUGGAGAGUCUCGUUUCCUAAUGUCAAUGGAUGAAGACAAUAUGACCAAACAACCUGGGAACCUGCGCUGGAUGGCCCCAGAGGUUUUUAUUCAAUGUACCCGCUACACAGUGAAAGCAGACAUGUUCAGCUAUGCCCUCUGCCUGUGGGAGCUGCUCACAGGGGAGAUUCCAUUCGCCCAUCUCAAACCAGCUGCAGCCGCUGCAGAUAUGGCCUAUCAUCACGUCCGUCCUCCAAUUGGAUACUCGAUCCCUAAACCCAUCUCAGCACUGCUGAUGAGGGGCUGGAAUGUCUGUCCUGAGGAAAGGCCUGAGUUUUCAGAGGUGGUAGCCAAACUGGAGGAAUGCCUGUGUAAUGUGGAGCUGAUGUCUCCGGCCUCCAGUAACAGCAGUGGCUCUCUAUCCCCAUCUUCCUCAACAGACUGCCUAGUGGCACGCGGCAGUCCCGGACGGAGUCACGUGGCAGCCCUCCGCUCGCGUUUCGAGUUGGAAUACGCCCUCAACGCUCGCGCCUAUGCAUUUUGGAGCCAAAACUCUGGUCGGCGAUCCUCGCAGGGUUUGUCCCUGGAUGAGCUGAGGAGGAACAUGCAGUUUCCACCCAUUGACAGAAACGGAUAUGUGUCAGAUCCCAUGAGCACCAUGCGUUUCCAAUCAUGCAGCAGCAAUGGAAGCUUUGAGGACAGCAACUAGAAGCAGCAACUCUCCAAAGAACGUCACACGUGAACACACACACACACACACACACACACACACAUGCACUCACAUACAUAACUGAUGAUAACUGAUCCAGAAAUACUGAUCCAGAGUGGGUGUUACAGUAUAAGAACACCCAUAAGGUAGAACACCCAACACUAAGUUCAUAUAUAUAAUCUUGGCUUUCUCACAUUAUUUUGAUUGAUUUGUAUUAUUUUUUUUAUUAUAUAAUGUACAUGUAUAACAUCAUUCUUUGUUUUAUAUUACCCUAGCAUUACUUUAAAAAUUAAUGCGAUGGGGUUUCAAAUAUAACCAUACAGGGAGAUACAGUAAAUUUGUCAUCUUUCUGUCUUCUGACUGCUAUCACUAAUACGUCUCUCUCCAUGUACCUCAGUUGAAGUUUACCCUACUAUAAUUUCUUUCCAUGCUCCAAACCCAGAAAUAUGAAAAGGAUACAUAAUGAAAUGUGGUCAGUAUAAAUAAUAUCAGUGUUGGGUGUAAUGCAUUACUAAUUAAUUAAUUACUGUAAUUAAAUUACUUUUUCAUUGAAAAUUGAAUACUUCAGUAAUUUAAUUAAAGUUAUUGCUUCUGAUGUAAUUGUGUUAAAUAUUGUAUUGACUAGAGAACAAUUAUUUAUAAAACAACUAAUUUAAUGCAUCCCCCUUAAAUUCUUUGGCCAUUUCAUGAAUAAUAUUUUAGAUUUUAUAUGAUUUAUUUGAAAGAAUUAAAUAGAACAAUUUCAUGUCUAUCCUUGUAUUUUUCAUCUGGUCGAGGUUGAUCAGGGUUUUAGAAAGUAAUUUUUAGAGUCAUCUAAUUACACGGUAGAAGAUGUAAUUAGUAUUUAGUAAUGAAUUACUUUUUUAUAGUAACUUACCCAACACGGCAUACUAUUAUAUCUAUAUUUUGGAGAAAUUCUAAAGUCAUAAAGCUUUGAUUACUGUUGAAAUGUUAUAUAUAU